CCGGUCAGCAAGCGCAGAGCCAUGGCCGAGGCGGCCCCGGCUCCGACUUCUGAGUGGGACUCUGAGUGCCUUACGCCCCUACAGCCCCUUUCUCUCCCUACACCCCCAGCAGCAAGUGAAGCACACUUGCAGACAGCAGCCAUCUCGCUGUGGACCGUGGUGGCAGCUGUUCAGGCUAUAGAACGGAAGGUGGAUGUCCACAGCCGGCGACUCCUACACCUGGAAGGCCGGACGGGGACAGCAGAAAAGAAGCUAGCCAGCUGUGAGAAGAUGGUGACAGAGCUUGGGAACCAGCUGGAUGGCAAGUGGGCCAUUCUGGGGACCCUGCUGCAAGAGUAUGGACUGCUGCAGAGGCGACUGGAGAACUUGGAGAACCUGUUAAGAAACAGGAACUUCUGGAUCCUGCGGCUGCCUCCAGGUAUUAAAGGAGAUAUCCCAAAGGUGCCUGUGACGUUUGAUGAUGUCUCCAUCUACUUCUCCACUCCAGAGUGGGAAAAAUUAGAAGAAUGGCAAAAGGAGCUUUAUAAGAAUAUCAUGAAGGGCAACUGCGAGUCUCUCAUCUCCAUGGACUAUGCCAUGAAUCAGCCUGAUGUCUUAGCACAGAUUCAGCCACAAGGAGAACAUAAUACAGAGAAUCGGGCAGGGCCAGAGGGAAGUGAGAUUCCUGCAGUCCCCAGCGAAGAGCCUGGUAUUUCAACGUCAGAUAUUCUGUCUUGGAUUAAACAAGAGGAAGAGCCUCAGGUUGUGGCCCCACAGGAGUCCAAGGAGAGUGACCUAUACAAAAACACCUUUGCUGAGGAAGAGCUUGUCAUCAAAGCAGAAAGCCUCGCUUUGUGCCCUGAGGUUCCAGUCACCUCGUCACCACCGCCACCACCACCAGCAGCAAAGGAUGCUUUCACAGAUGUGGCUUUCAAAAACCAACAGUCUGCGCCUAUGACACCUUUUGGACAUCCAGCCACUGACCUGCCUGAAGCCUCUGAGGGACAAGUGACUUUUACUCAGUUAGGUAGCUACCCUCUUCCACCUCCAGUUGGGGAACAGGUGUUUUCAUGCCACCACUGUGGCAAGAGUCUUAGCCAAGACAUGCUGCUCACCCACCAGUGUAGCCACGCUGGUGAGCACCCCUCAGCUUGUGCCCAGUGUCCUAAAGCCAGCCUUAGCAGUAGCUCUCAAGACCGUGCCAGGGAGACGCCUCCCACCUGCCCCCACUGUGCUAGGACUUUCACUCACCCAUCCAGACUCACCUACCACCUGCGGGUCCAUAAUAGCACUGAGCGUCCCUUUCCUUGCCCUGAUUGCCCUAAACGCUUUGCUGACCAGGCCCGCCUCACCAGCCACCGCCAUGCUCAUGCAAGCGAGAGGCCCUUCCGCUGCACCCAGUGUGGCAGAAGCUUCAGUCUGAAGAUCAGCCUCCUGCUCCAUCAGCGCGGCCACGCACAGGAACGCCCUUUCUCCUGCCCUCAGUGUGGCAUCGACUUCAAUGGCCACUCGGCCUUGAUCCGCCACCAGAUGAUCCACACAGGCGAGCGCCCUUAUCCGUGCACUGACUGCAGUAAGAGCUUCAUGCGCAAGGAGCACUUGCUGAACCACCGGCGGCUGCACACUGGUGAGCGGCCCUUCAGCUGUGCUCACUGUGGCAAGAGCUUCAUCCGCAAGCACCACCUCAUGAAACACCAGCGCAUCCACACAGGCGAACGGCCCUACCCCUGCUCCUACUGUGGCAGGAGCUUCCGCUAUAAACAGACACUCAAGGACCACCUUCGUUCAGGCCACAGUGGAAGCUGUGGAGGUGACAGUGACCCAUCUGGGCAACCACCUGACCCUCCUGGUCCCAUUUUAACUGGGCUGGAAACCCCUGACCUGGGCAUUAACACAGAGGGUCUAGAGACCAACCAAUGGUACGGGGAAGGAAGUGGAGGGGGAGUGUUGUAACCUCUGUGGCUUCAUGGUUAUCUAUGCUCAAGGCAGCGCAGAAAACCCAAGAGAAGGCUCUGUUGCCCACAGAUGCUGUUGAGCACAUCCAGAAAUUUUGGGCACUCUACAUUUAA